AUGAGCAAGCUGCGCUUCUCCGUGGCGGCGUGUACGAGCGAAGACGCGGCCUUUCCGGCGUCGGGGCUGGACGAGCACGCAGCCAACAGCCAGGGCUACAUGACUGCCAAGAACUACGCGUACCCGCAGGAGCUGGUGCUGCAGCUGGCCGACGGCCUCUGCAGAGUGACCCAAGUGCAGCUGCUGUCCCACCAGACGCACAUCGCCACCAAGAUGGAGCUGUUCGUGUCCAAGAGCCUCGACUUCCAGGGAGACGCCACCAGGUUCACCCGGCUCGGCUUCCUCACGCUCAAGGCCAACACGGAGAGCAGGUACAUGGCCCGCGAGCUCAAGACGGUGCACAUCGACCAGGAGGCGGCGCUGCUCAAGCUGCGCAUCCACGCGUGCCACGUGAACGAGCACAACCUGUACAACCAGGUGGGCAUCAUGGCGAUCAACUUAGCCAACGGCUCGGAGGAUCUGAGCUUCGACAUGAGGUUCGACGCCAAGACUGCGGCCAGGAUCCGCGAGAUCCAGGUCGCCAAGGACCAGGCCGUGGCCAACGAGGACUACGACCAGGCCAAGCGACUCAAGCAGAUGGAGGAGCAGUUGAAGAGCAUCGGCCUGCAACUCGCCAGGCUCGAGGCCCAGAAGAGAGAAGCUGUGGCAAACGAGGACUACGACCUGGCCAAGAAGAUUAAACACGAGAUCGGCAUGCUCGAGGCCUCGGUGGGGAGUAAUGAGACGCAGCCGAUACUGCCGAUCCCGGCCGUGGCGCCGUCGCCAUCGAGGAGUCAAGUGCUGCCGAGGAUUGGAGCUGUUCAGCGCUCGGCGUCCAACUUUUCACCGAGGGAUAUGUAUCCUGAGGAACAGCCGCAAGUUGCCAAGAGCGGCAGCUUCUAUGGCGAUGGCAAUGGCAAUGGCUCGUUGAGACAUUCUGCACAGGGCGGGUUUCCUGGUGGCAAUGAGCAGGACCCGACGAGUGGCGCCGACUACGCUGAUAAGGGAGAAGCUGCGGAUGGUGGCCCGAACCCGCACUUUAGGGGGAUUCCGGACGCUGAAAACUUACCUGACCCGGAUGAGAUCCCACCAGCGCUUGCGAAGGAGAGCGAAGAGCUUAUUGCAGUCAUUGGUCCCUUUUUCACUCGCUGUGUCUACAGCAAUUUGUGGAAUCACCGCGAUGCUGCAAUCCGCAAGGUUACAAUGGAAAUGGACAACUACCCCGUUGAGCCGAUGCGGCUAUUGGAAAUGUGCUCCACACUUGCUCAAAGCGGCGCAGGAGACCGUAUUGCUCAAGUUGCGCUUUCAGCUUUCGGUCUCUUAGACCGUAUGGUGUCUUUUGGAGCUCGAGUGCGCCGUGAUGACAUGUGCCGCAUUCUCGGUAACAUUAUGACACAGUUGGUUAAUAAGCUGGGCGAGUCGCAGGCUAAAGUUCGCGAUGAGGCUGCAGCGGUACUUAGUCGGCUGGCGGCUGCAAAUAACGUUGGAGUGGCUUUCGUGACUUCACACCUGACGAAGCGAUCCAAGAAGCCGCUAGGACUUAAACUCCUGCAAGGCCGGCUACUCGUGCUGAAGAAGCUACUUGCAGACUUUGAUCUCCAGCCCGACAGUGAUUUUUCCGUACCUGGUAUCAUGGGAUUCCUUGAGUACUGCAACUGCUUGGCUCAUCAAAGCCGUGAGAUUCGCGAUGCCGCCAAGGAUAUCACCGUGUCGCUGUACCUUGUCGUGGGUGCCGACGUGGAAGGCUACCUAAAAUCGCUUCGACCAAAGCAGCUAGAGGAGUACCAAACAGCUUUUGAGGCUGCAGAGACAGCAAAGGCUUCAAACCGACGCGGUGGAGGAAACGCGAACGGGGGCGGCAAUGCUGCCCGACGAGACGAGAAGCCACACGAAGUUCAAGCCCCGUUCGAGGACGACGUUGAUGCCGCCGCCGAUAGCGAAGACGAGGAAUCUGUGGAUGAGUAUACGUGUCCCUUCUGCGGCGUAGUAGACGAGAAGUUCGACUCGGACUAUUUGGAUCAGCACUUCUGGGCGUCCUGUAAGAUGCUCACGCCGUGCAAGAUGUGCGGCCAGGUGAUUGAGAUCUCGACUCUGAACGAGCACCUGCUUACUGAGUGCGAGAUGCAGCAGAAUCACCGCGAGUGUCCACGGUGCGGUGAAGCCAUCACGGCAAAGUUCUUCGAGCGGCAUGUGUCCCUCAACGACUGCCCUCCGCGUGCACCACUGAACCGUGCAAACCGCUGCCCACUCUGCCACGACGAUAUCGCUCCAGGCAAGAAAGGUUGGCGACGACACUUGCUUGAAGAAGGUUGUUCAAGCAACCCGCGAAGCUAG